AUGUUCGUAGUUUUUGAAGGACUUGACAAAAGUGGUAAAAGCACUACUUGUGAUUCUGUAUAUAAAAAAUUAAAAGAAUUGGAUAUUCAUACAACACAAAUGCAUUUUCCUGAUCGCAGUUCUAUUACAGGCGAAAUAUUAAAUAAAUAUUUACUUGGUAAAAUUAACCUUACAAACGAAGCUACACAUUUACUUUUUUCUGCUGAUAGAUAUCAAAAAAAAAAUUUUAUUGAAAAAACAUCUCGCUCCGGUAUAUUGCUUUGUGACAGAUAUUCUUGGAGUGGUAUAUGUUUUUCCCAUGCAAAAGGGAUAGAUCUAGGAUGGGCUGUAGAAACUGAAAGACUCCUUCCUAAACCGGACAUUACAUUUUUUUUAGAAGCGGAUGUUAAUGUUUUAAUGAAGAGGCAUAAUUGGGGAGAUGAAAUAUUAGAGACUAGAGAAUUUCAACUUAAAGCUGCAGAAGCUUACUUACAAAUGAGAGAUUAUGUAAAAAAUCUUAUUAAAAUCGAUGCAACUAAAUCAGUUGCUGAAAUCACUGAUAUAGUCGUUGAUACAAUUAUUAAAUUUCAAAAAAGACAAAGAGAACAAAUUGAGAAUUAA